AUGGCACCCAAGGCGCCCCGUCUCAAGACUCUAUCAGUUGGAGGCAAUCCCGUCUCGGCCUUCUUGUCAUGGAGACUCCAGGCUACCAAUGCCUGCGACGUCACGCUGGUAUGGAAGUCAGGUUUUGAGCACGUCUCUCAAUAUGGCAUCUCUUUCAAGUCACAAACGUUUGGCAAUGAGCGUUUUAAACCCCGGCAUGUCGUCCGAAACCCAGAAGAUGCUGCGGGAAACCGAGACGGUCCCUUCGAUUACGUCAUCCUUUGCGUAAAGGCCCUUCCCGACGUAUACGAUCUCGCCGCCGUUAUCGAUUCUGUCGUGACUCCUCAGCAUACUUGUAUUCUUGUCAACACUACGCACACGCUUGGAAUCGAAAGCGCAAUUGAGGAACGCUUCCCGACCAAUGUCGUCCUAUCGCUUGUCUCCGGGGCUGAGCUCAACCAGCUUGGCCAGAGCGAGUUUGAGCACAAAGGUUCAACAGAUGUUUGGAUCGGCGCUGCCAGUCGGAAUGCCGCCAUUCCACAGUCUAUCCAAGAAGACAUGGCCCAGGCUAUAUCCAUGACGCUUGGCUCCGGCCAGGUGAAUAGUCAGGUAUCCCCCAACAUCCGACAACAGCAAUUUGAGAGAGUAAUUGGGCCCAUUGCUUUCCAUCCCGCCAGUGUAAUAUUCGACGCAUCUAAUCACGCAGCGCUUUUGGAGAAAGUGGGAGUAAAGGAGAUGAUCUCCGACGUCAUUGACGAACUCUUGCGCCUGGCUGAGGCUAACGGCUGCAAGUUUGCGCCCAAUUUCAAGCAGCUGACUAUGGACGACAUGUUGAAGCCAAAUCAGGCAGAGAGCAUUAUGUGGCAAGAUUAUGUUGCCAGACGACCCAUGGAAGUCGAGACAUAUCUCGGAUCACCGAUAAAGCUGGCCCGCGAUGCCGGAGUCCCAGUUCCUCGAAUCGAGACCCUCUACGCCAUCCUCCACAACCUGAACAUUGUAAACCGCAAUCGGCCAAAGGACGCAGCACCUGGCUCCCCUAACAACGCAUCACCGCUUCCUCCUCGGGGACCAUCUCAAGCCGGCUUCCGGCCCAUGAUGCCCAAUGGCAACGGAAUGCCACCUCGUCAGCCACGACCCCGGGCAUCUUCCAAUUUCAGCAAUGCGGGAGGAAUGCGUAGGCCCAUGGCAAAUGGUGGACCCAACGGCUACGGAAGGCCACCACCUCAAAUGAAUGGCGGAGGUUCUCGUGCAGCCUCUCGACGUGGCUCGAUGGACGGCAAUGACUUGGAGGAGUUCUCCCACCUAGUCCUGUACGACGAUAUCCCAGAGGGCCAAGAGCCGUCCUUUGGGACCGACAACUCAGAUAUGGCUCUCAGAGAAAGGGAAUUGCAAUUACGCCAACGGGAACUAGCUUUGAGGGAGCAGGAGAUGCGGAUGAGGCGCGGUCCUCCUCAGCCUUCUGCGCCUCCCUCUCGUCGAGGGCCACCACCUCCCAAGGGUGGAUUUGACGAAGACGACGAAGACGACGAUUAUUUCGAUCCAUCCAUGGCCACCAACGUUCCUGUAAUUGACCCCGACAAUUUCGACAUGAUGAGCGUCACCUCCAAGAAGAACCGCAAGAUGCCCGGGCCACCUCCGUCCCAGGUGCGACGAAACCCUGAAGGAGACGGGCCUCCAUCCAAAAGCAGCCGGUUCCGACCCUUUGGUCGCCAUCGACAAUCGAGCCAAAUGAGUCAAAUUAACCAAAUGCCCACGCUCAACGACAACAUUUUGGACGAUCCUCUGCUGAGCUUUACUUCGAACCGAUACGGGGCUGUGGAUCGUGGGGCCAUGGGCGUUAGCUCUCGUGCCAACUCCUUGACGGCCUCUCGGAUGGAUGAGAUGCAGUUCGGCGGCCCUGUGAACGGGCACACCAUGACUAUGACAGGUGGCUACCCUCGUCGGACUAGCCAUUCGCCCGGAAAUCAAUACAGCCCGUCGAUGCGAGGUGGGAACGGCAGGCCUUCGCCGCCAAAUGGGUUCGGUCCUGCAAAUGGCCAGACAUCACCACCUGGUGGCGCUCGACAGCCCGCUCCUCGGUUUCCCCCGGGUCCAGGCAAUGGGAUAGCACCCCAGCAAGUUGAACAGCAAAUUGGGGUAAGCUCUUUCAAUCACCCCAAAUCUCGAAACGAUCGCAGUCUGACUGGUAGUGCAAGCGCUAGCGCGAAUAGCGGUGACUUCAGCUCAGAACAAUCAACUUCCAGCGGCCAGGGGAGUCUUCAGCAUCAAUGA